AGCAUCAGCCUAGUGCAAACACAGCCACUUCCUGUUAGAAUGACUGAUCACGUGACACGCGCGCGCGCACACGCACACGGCGAUGUAGCCCCGCCCCUCCCGCCGGGCGGGGCGCGGUGCUGCAGCUCAGCAUCUUCAGCAGCAUCCAGGACCCGGUGCAGACCACAUCCCAGAGCAAGACACGGAGGAGCUCCACACGGGUGCAGGAUGUUUACAGGCGUGUCCGAGCGGAUCCAGAUGGACCGGGCCCGAGCUGCGGGUCUGGGCUCGGUCCAGCAGGCCGUGCGCUACCUGAACCAGGAUUUCGAUGCCCUGAGGCAGGACUGCCUGCAGACCAGGACCCUGUUUGAGGACCCGAUGUUCCCCGCAGAACCCGGCUCGCUCGGCUUCAAGGAGCUCGCCCCGUUCACGGCCAAAACCAGAGGAGUGGAGUGGAAGAGGCCGACGGAACUGACACGAAACCCUCAGUUCAUUGUGGGCGGAGCCACCAGGACCGACAUCUGUCAGGGCGCUCUGGGUGACUGCUGGCUGCUGGCUGCGAUUGGCUCGCUGACGCUGAACGAGCAGCUGCUGCAUCGCGUUGUUCCUCACGGUCAGAGCUUCAGCCACCAAUACGCCGGCAUCUUCCACUUCCAGUUCUGGCAGUUUGGGCAGUGGGUGGACGUGGUGAUCGACGACCGGCUGCCAGUCAAAGAUGGCGAGCUGCUGUUCGUCCACUCGGCUGAAGGCACUGAGUUCUGGAGCGCUCUGCUGGAGAAGGCCUACGCCAAGCUGAACGGGUCAUACGAGGCGCUGUCCGGCGGCAGCACCACUGAGGGUUUCGAGGACUUUACGGGAGGCGUGUCAGAGAUGUACGAGCUGAAGAAGGCACCCAAAGAUCUUCAUCGCAUCAUCAGCAAAGCACUAGAAAGAGGCUCGCUGCUCGGCUGCUCCAUCGACAUCACCAACAGCCUCGACAUGGAGGCGGUCACCUUUAAGAAGCUUGUCAAAGGCCACGCCUACUCUGUGACAGGCCUCAGACAGGUGGAGUACCGGCGCCAGCGCGAGCUGCUGAUCCGGAUCAGGAACCCCUGGGGUCAGGUGGAGUGGACCGGAGCAUGGAGCGAUAACUCCUCGGAGUGGAACGCCAUCGACUCGGCCGAGAAGGACGAGAUGCUGUGUAAGAUGGAGGACGGGGAGUUCUGGAUGUCAUUCCAGGAGUUCCUGCGUCAGUUCUCCCGGCUGGAGAUCUGCAAUCUGACUCCAGACGCUCUGAGCCAGGACUCCACCAGCUUCUGGAACACCGCCACGUACGAGGGCAGCUGGAGGAGAGGGAGCACCGCCGGGGGCUGCAGGAACCACCCGAACACCUUCUGGAUCAACCCUCAGUAUAAAAUUUCCCUGCUAGAGGAGGACGAUGACCCCGAAGAUGAAGAAGCCGCCUGCAGCUUCUUGGUGGCGCUGAUGCAAAAAGACCGCCGCCGCUACCGCCGCCAAGGCCAGGACAUGCACACCAUUGGCUUUGCCAUCUAUGAGAUUCCUCAACAGCACCGAGGCUGUCCCAGCGUUCACAUGAAGAAGGACUUCUUCCUGCGUCAGUCCUCUUGCGCUCGCUCAGAGACCUUCAUCAACCUGCGAGAGGUGAGCGGCAGGUUCCGCCUGCCGCCCGGCGAGUACCUGAUUGUCCCGUCGACCUUUGAACCCUCGAAGGAGGCGGACUUUGUCCUGCGGGUAUUCACAGAGAAGCAGUCUGAGAGCCAGGAGAUGGACGACGGCGUGGUGGCGAACUUUGAUGAAGAGGAGGAAGUGUCAGAGAGCGACAUCGACGACUCCUUCAGGUCCAUGUUUGCUCAGCUGUCUGGAGACGACAUGGAGAUCUCAGUGCGGGAGCUCAGGACCAUCCUCAACAGAGUCGUGUCCAAACACAGAGACCUGCAGACUGACGGCUUCAGCACGGAGUCCUGCAGAGCCAUGGUCAGCCUCAUGGACAAAGAUGGCAGCGCUCGCCUCGGGCUGCUGGAGUUUCAGAUCCUCUGGAACAAGAUCAGGAAGUGGCUGGGAAUCUUCAGAGAGUUCGAUCUGGAUAAAUCUGGCUGCAUGAAUUCCUACGAGAUGCGUCUGGCGCUGGAAAAUGGCGGCUUCAAACUGAACAACAAGCUGCAUCAGAUGCUGGUGGCUCGAUACGCUGACAACGAGAUCAUCGACUUUGACAACUUCACCUGCUGCCUCGUCAAACUGGAGGCCAUGUUCCGAACCUUCCAGCACCUGGACACAGACGGGACGGGCACCGUGGAGAUGAACCUCAUCGAGUGGCUCUGUAUGAGCAUGUGCGGCUGAGUCACCUGAGCGUCAGAGCGCCUCCUCCAGGAAGAACCAGUCCAUCACAGCUCUACUGCACUGAACUAUACUGCAGUACUACUACUAUACUACUGCAGUACUGCUACAGUAAAGCAUGCAGCAGAAAGAUAUUAAUCAGAGUACUCUGCAGCCUUAUUCAUAUCCUGCAUGAUCACACACACAGGUAUUGUAGCACACCUGUGCAGGUAGUAGUUUCUAUAAUCACUGGUCUUCCAGCUGUUGAAUGGAUGCUGGGAGAAAAAUAAAGUAAUUGAUCAGCA